UCUGCUUUCCCGCCGACGGUUGGCGGUGUCACGUGACAUGGGUUGGAAGAUGGCGUCUCCCACAGACGGGACAGAUCUGGAAGCAUCUUUGCUAAGUUUUGAAAAACUUGACCGUGCCUCACCAGACCUUUGGCCAGAACAAUUACCAGGUGUCGCUGAAUUUGCAGCUUCCUUUAAAAGUCCUAUUACUAGCUCUCCACCCAAAUGGAUGGCUGAAAUAGAACGUGAUGACAUUGACAUGUUGAAAGAACUGGGGAGCCUCACCACAGCUAAUCUGAUGGAGAAGGUACGAGGCCUACAGAACUUGGCCUAUCAGCUGGGGCUGGAUGAGUCUAGAGAGAUGACACGGGGGAAGUUUCUCAACAUUCUGGAGAAACCCAAGAAGUAGCAGCUGCUUGUGGACAGGAUGUCCUGGAGACUGGAACCAUGCUCCCCUCCCAGUGCAGCUCUGACGUCGUGCAACUCUCUGCUUCCUGGUGAGAGGCCGGAGGAUGCACCUCCAGGACUGACCCUCUCCCCUGCUCAUGGCACUCUGCACGUCUGCAGACACUCGGUGGCAAGAGAGGAAUCUGCUCCAUAGAUUCUCUACAGAAGGAUCAGUGUAGUUAUUCAGCUUCCAGACUUUGACCAUCUCAGCCUUGGAUGUGGGUAACAGCAGAGGGCACAUCUUUCUUAAAGGUCAAAGUCCUGCACUCUCGUUUCAGAAAGGGAUUCAGGAGUCCCAGGAUCUUACAGUUGAUUUGAUUCAGUGAUGGCAAAGUCAGUUGUGGCACGUUGAUUGGAUGGGUUCUUUUGACUUGUACUUGAUAUCAUAGGAAGUGUUUAUGGUGCGGGGAGACCAGAGACCAAUUAGAUUCUGAAACAGACCAGGCAGCCUGACCUGUGAACUCUAUAUAUAUAUAUAUAUAUUGGGUUCCAAGAAUCCCCAGCUGGAGAAGCCAGAAUCUUCUUGAAAUGUACACCUCCUUUAAAAAUUCUGUACCUCUCACAAUAGUCCCAUUCCCCAGUGCCUUUUGUUCCCCACCAUCAGUUUUAAUUCCAGGAUAGGGUAUCCCUAUGUAGCAGGUCCCUCCUGGGAUUAGCUAAUGAGAGGCCCUUGCAAGGUUGCAUUGGGUUCUAGACCUCAAGACCAAGUUAAAGAUGAAAGGACUUUUGAGUUCCAGCUAAUCUGUUACAGACUCACACAAGAAAGUCAGUAUGGCCUUAAAGGUAGGAGAAAGGGAUUGUUUGCAGGAGUUCCCAUUUGAUUAAAAAACUGGAAACUCUAAUUGACCUGAAAAGAAUGUGCUGUAUUUUACCACCCGCCCCACCCAUGUCCCCUUUCAUAGCACACAGCAGAUAAUUCACCAAUGUAACAGAAGUACACACACACAUGAAAGGAAAGAAUUUUCUGACUUAAAUACAGUUCUUAUGGAGCUCUUUGCCAGUUAUCUGUGUUAAAACCUGAAAACCUAACCCAUGCGUAAAAUUGAUUAUACAUGUUCUCCGUAUUUUGUCUCAUAAGCCAGCCCCCAGCCUCUGAUGUUUUGAGAAAUACAUGAGGCUUCCUAGCCUUCAUGCAACGAACCUCCAUGUGGCAGUUGUCUGACUGUGUUUAGACACAAGGAAAGUUGUCCUGAGUGUCUGUGCUAGGGUGCAGCAUUAUUCAGUCUAAUAGCUGGUCUAUUAACCAUUUCUGACAUUUGUGCCUUGUUUCCCAUGCUAAAAUUAACAUUGGGUUUUUCUCAUUUUUGCUCUCCAUGCGAUUCUAUGUAUUGAUAAGGGGAAAAGUUGAAAGUGAGUCACGAAGAAUGGGUAUGAGAAAGAAACCAUUCUGCCUGGAUGUGUGAUAGAAAUUUAGGCUGGAGAGGCAUAGAUUUUAAGUUAAGCUUAUUAUUGACAUUCCUUUUUCUCUAAAUACGGUUGAAGUGGGAGAGAGAGAGAGUAGGAAGGGAGGAAAGGGCAAUAAAUAGUGCCAUAACGUCAGAAUCUUCCUUUUGCUCUGUUUUUGAGAGUUGAUGACUUCAGGCACUUUUAGGUGUGUGGGGAAAUUGAGAAAUACAUGGAGAAUAUGAGGAUACCUCCCCAAAACCAACUCAGGUGUGUAACCCAACGCUAUGUAGUUGGUUUUCUGAUCUGCUUUGGCCUUUAUUUUAUUGUCAUCUUACUCACCAGCACUUAAUAUAAGUAGAUGUUUUAGAAUUGUGAUAUUUAUUGGUUUUGUAUUUGUCAUCCUUAGAAAUGUUAAUGAUGUAUUUUUAUAUUGAUAAUAUAAAUGGAUGUAUAAUGUGUGUGUGGACUUCAGGGUGUUAGAGUACUGUGCUUUGUAUAUGAUGGUUUCUGUGUUGUCAUAAUAAAUAUGUCCUUUUUAUAGAA